AUGGCAUUCGGUGAUAAAAAUAUACCUUGUAAAUUCUUUCAGCAAGGUAAUUGUAAAUUUGGUAAUUCAUGUAAAUAUGCACAUGUAUACGUUAACAACAAUAACAAUAAUAGCAUGAAUAAAAACAAUAAUAAUAAUAACAUGAAUAAUGGCUUUAAUAAUUCAUUUAAUUCAUUUGGAAAUUUGGCAUUUGGUUCAACUGGAUUUGGAAAUAAUAGUAAUAGUAAUAAUACAAAUUCAGCUUUUGGUACUCCAGGAUUUGGAAGUUCUAAUAUGAAUAAUAACAGUAACAAUCAAUUUGGGAAUAAUGUAUUUGGAAAACCAGUUUUUGGUUCAAGUGGAUUCGGAUCAAACAAUACAUUUAACAAUAAUGGCAAUAACAAUAGCUUCACUAACUCUAAUAAUACUAGUAGUGCUUUUGGUGCACCUUCUUUUAAUACAAAUACCUUUGGUAGUAAUAGUAACUCAGCAUUUAUGUCUAAUAGUGCAACUAAUAAUAAUAAUAGCAGUUCAACAAAUAGUGUAUUUGGUCAACCAGCUUUUAAUAAUAAUUCUGUAUUUGGAUCAUCAACAUUCGGAAAUAAUAGUAUGAAUAAUAAUAAUAAUAUAUCAAUGACUUCUCCAUUUGCUAAUAUACAAAAUAAUAACAACAAUAAUAUGAAUCCUUUAGCGUUUGGUAGUUUUCAAAAUAACAAUAACAAUAGUAAUAAUUCUACAACACAGUCAAUAUUCGGACAGACACAAACAACACCGAUGUUUGGUUCAACAGGAUUUGGUGCCAAUGCAAAUACUGUCAAUCCUUUCACAACUAAACAAACCACAGUAUCUAAUUCCAUCUUUGGUCAAAACGCCACUAAUACUAAUAUUAAAAACUCUAGUAUGAACUCCUCACCAUUCAGUCAAUUACAGAAUAAUAACAAUACGACAGCAAAUAAAAUAGGUUCUGUGUUUGGCACAAAUGGAUCACAAUCGCAAACAAAUAUAGGUUCAUUUAGUAAUAUACCAAAUAACAAUAACAAUAAUGCUAAUAAUUUUACUAAUAUAGCAGCCACUAAUAAUAAUGUAAAAUCUGUUUUUGGGGCAUCUACAGGACCAUCAACUUUUGGUACUCUACAAAAAGCAACCAACCAAAAUUUAACAACGGAUAGUAAGAGCAGUAUUAACAAUAACAAUAGUGGUGCUAUGAAUAUUUUUAGUAAUCAAUCCAAUAGUAACAAUGUAAAAUCAAAAACUUCAACAAACACUCCUAAUUUAUUUGGACAACAAAAAGAUGAAUCAAAAUUUACAAACAAUUCAUUUGGCAAAACCCCUGAUAUGCAACCCAAGACUACAAAAACCAUUGAUAAAACAAUCAAUCAAGUAAAUCUUGACAAUAUAUCAAAUCCUAUGAUAUCGGAUGCUGUUAAAGAUUUAGACGAAUCUAUAAUAAAAGCAUUCCAAAGUCCUAUAUUUACUUUAGGUAAUGUACCUGAUUUUCCACCACCUCCAGAAUUAAUUGUAAACCUUUAA